GUGGGGCGGGGCAGGGCCCCGGCGGGCCCAGCUCGCAGGCGUCCGCCGGGCCGGCAGGCGCUGGCGCCGGCGCCAAGCUCCCGGGCCGCGGCGGCGGGUGAGCGCUCUGGGCCGGAAAGGGAGGGCGGAACGCAGCCUCUGGCCCCGGCCCGGGUCCGUGCUCGCCCGCUCGGGCGGCCGGGCCCGACGGGCGCGGCCGCAGGGCCUGGGAGUGGCGUGAGGGCCCGUAGCGCGAUCCCGGGACCGCCCGGACGGGUCACCCGCCUGCCGACUGCAGGACGACAGCGAGAGCCCGGCGGCGGCGCGCCCCUCCCUCCUCGGUUCGCGCUCGAGCUCUGUGCCCAACCCGGCAACUUCCGGAGUCCCAGGUAGGGAGGAGCCCCGGGUCGGCAAUGCCAACUGCCCAAACACCGAACUCACGGCCUGUGUGGAAAAAGCGGCCGGCCCAGGGUUCCCUCCCCUGCCUUGGGGUGCAUCUGCUCAAAGUCUUCCAGCCCCUCAAGCAGAAAUGGUGUGGGAUCUGGGCCAGACCUCUCUCGCAGUGACUCAAAGCCGCCAGCAGUACUGGAAGGACAGGGUGGAUGGCCCUUAGCCUCCUCCCUCCUGGAGGGAGGAACCAUCACACCACCCCGGUGGCUUCAGUCCUGGGUGCUGUCAUCUUUUCCCUGUGACUCCCCUCCACUUUGCUUCUCAUACUCCCUCUGGUUUUCCUGCCUCCCUCUUCAGCGGUGGGAUGCAAAGCUGGACCAAGGCCUCCAGGGCUCAGAUGACGGGGGACAGGGCCAAAGACUGAUAGGAUGUCGAGAGGCCAGAGCCUCUUCCAGGACUGGGACACUGCAAUCAGGCACCGAGAGGAAAACGACAGUAGUGAUGAUAAACCACUGUGGCCCCAUCCUCGUUGCCCCAGUUCCAGCAGGUGAUGUGACUACAGGCUGGUGACAGCCCAAAUUGAGAAGAGGAAGCAAGCAAACCUCUUUCCAUCCCGAGGCACCUUCCCCCACUGGAAACACUAGGUCCCACUGGAAGUUCUGGGCUCUGGACCCUGAGCAGAGCCUCUCAGAUGUGACACAUUGCUUCUAGCAGCUCAGAUUCUGGGGACAGAUGAGUUGGAGCUCUGACAGGAGGAAGAAAAGCACCUAGCAAGCACGUGGUCCUAUUUGACCCCCUCCUGCUUCCCCUUCCAGCAGGCUCCCUGGAGAGAGAGAGGACCUGCCCCCCAUCCCAGGACCCCCAUCUCACCACCGUCCGCACGUAGGGUAGGCCAGGAAGAGCUCUGCCAUCAAGGAGCACAGCACAGGGCCAGGCCCGGCCCAUGGACCCUUCUCCGGACGGCCCAACGGCACCAGCGGGGCUGUUCUCCUAAGCCACAGAGGGCCUGGCCACACUGUACUCGGCGAAGAGCCAUGGUGUUCAGGAGGGGCAGAAGCAGCUCCCAGCGGUGGCCUCGCCUGGGAGGGGGUGGCGGUUGCCGAGGCCCCCUAGGCAUGCUCAGGGCUUCCUUGCUUCUGGCCAGCCUGCCUUUGGGGGCCAGGGGAACAGCUAGUGCCAGCCUCAGCACAGCUCUGGGCCACAGGGUGCCCCUGACAGGGGGCCGAUACUUGAGCAUUGGGGACGGCUCUGUGAUGGAGUUUGAGUUCCCAGAGGAGAGCGAGGGCAUCAUUGUGAUCUCGAGCCAGUACCCGGGCCAGGGCAACAGGACAGGGCCUGGCCCCAUGCUGAGGGUCACCUCCCUCGACACGGAGGUGCUGACCAUCAAGAAUGUGAGUGCCAUCACCUGGGGCGGUGGGGGCGGCUUCGUGGUGAGCAUCCACUCGGGCCUGCCUGGGCUAGCCCCGCUCCUCAUUCAGCUCCUGGACCCCCAUGAGGCCCCGCCCAUGCUAAUCGAGGAACGGAGAGAUUUCCGCAUCAAGGUCUCACCUGCCGAAGAUGCUCCCGCCACCCUCGGCGCUGACCUGGUCCACUUCUCAGAGAACCCGAUUCUCUACUUGCUCCUGCCUCUGAUCUUUGUCAACAAGUGUUCAUUUGGGUGCAAAGUGGAACUCGAGGUUCUGAAAGGGCUCCUGCAGAGCCCCCAGCCCGUGCUGCUGGGCCUCCUGGGCCAGUUUUUGGUCAUGCCCUUCUAUGCUUUCCUGAUGGCCAAGGUCUUCGUGCUGCCCAAGGCCCUGGCUCUAGGCCUCAUCAUCACCUGCUCGUCACCCGGCGGCGGGGGGAGCUACCUCUUCAGCCUCCUCCUCGGAGGGGACGUCACCCUGGCCAUCUCCAUGACGUUCAUCUCAACGGUGGCUGCCACCGGUUUCCUGCCGCUGUCCUCCGCCGUCUACAGCCGCCUGCUCAGCAUCCACGAAACGCUCCACGUGCCCAUCUCCAAGAUCCUGGGGACCCUGCUAUUCAUCGCCAUCCCCAUAGCAGCCGGCGUGGUGAUCAGGUCCAAGCUCCCCAAGUUCUCCCAGCUGCUGCUGCACGUCAUCAAGCCUUUCAGCUUCGUGCUGCUCCUGGGUGGCCUCUUCCUGGCCUACCGCAUGGGGGUCUUCAUCCUGGCGGGUGUCAGGCUCCCUAUCGUGCUGGUGGGCCUCACGGUGCCCCUGGUCGGCCUCCUGGUGGGCUACUGCCUGGCCACGUGCCUGAAGCUGCCGGCGGCACAGCGGCGGACGGUCAGCAUUGAGGUAGGGGUCCAGAACAGCCUGCUGGCCUUGGCCAUGCUGCAGCUGUCCCUCCGUCGCCUUCAAGCCGACUACGCCUCCCAGGCCCCCUUCAUUGUAGCGCUGAGCGGCACCUCGGAGAUGCUGGCCUUGGUUGUUGGCCACCUCAUCUAUAGCAGCCUGUGCCCAGUCCCCUGAGGCCCCUGGGUCCAGCUUCCACCACGCGUCGCCUGCGGCCUCCAGCCAACCGCCCCCACAGCUCUCCUGUACCAAAGGCCUUUGGCUCUCAUGCACUAUGCACUCAGAAAACAAUCCAGGCUUAUUUUUUUUACCGGUUUUUUAUUCUCCAGCUUUCAGUGCCAAAGAGGCCACGCUGAGUUAGGUAGGUGGGCACUGCUCAGAAAAUAUAUUUCAAUAAAAGAGAGAAGCAA